CGGGCACAAAAUAUGAAGUCUGCCACAUGAUGUCUGCCUAAACAAAGCAAAGCUUUUAUGUGUAAGCAUAUAAGCAUCAAUGCCGUGCAAUAACACAACUUACUGAAACGAUGAAGAGGUCUCUAUAUAUUUCGAGAAAUGAAACACAAUUUCACAGGUAAACAUGGGUAAGAGUGGUGUCCCAAUAAUUGAUCUGCAUGAGUUUCCAGGACAGUAUGAGAAACUGAGGAGAGCAUGUGUGGAGUGGGGCUGUUUCAGGAUUGUGAAUCACAAUAUCUCUUUGGCCCUCAUGGCAGAUAUGAAGAGGGUUGUGAGGUCAUUGCUAGACCUGCCCUUUGAUGUCAAAAAGCGCAACAUAGAUGUCAUAGCUGGGAGUGGCUACAUGGCACCAAGCAAAGUCAACCCUCUUUAUGAGGCUUUAGGACUUCAUGAUAUGAGGUCUUCUCAAGCCGUGGAAACUUUCUGCUCCCAAAUGGAUGCCUCUCCUUACCAAAGAGAGGUUAUCGAGAUGUAUGCUAAGGCAAUUCAUGGGGCAGCCAUGGAUAUAGCACGAAAGUUGGCUGAAAGUAUGGGGUUGAAUGGUGAUUUGUUCGAGUCAUGGAUUUCCCAGUUCAGGAUCAACAAGUACAGCUUCACCCCCGAAACCAUAGGCUCGUCUGGAGUCCAAAUACAUACAGAUUCUGGGUUCCUGACUAUCCUUCAAGAUGAUGAAAAUGUUGGUGGACUUGAAGUGAUGGACCCAUCUGGUGUGUUUGCUGCAGUUGAUCCUUCACCAGGCACCCUCCUGGUCAAUCUUGGAGACGUUGCUACGGCAUGGAGCAAUGGAGGGCUUCGUAACGUGCAGCAUCGAGUGCAAUGCAAGGAAGCCACAAUUCGGAUCUCAAUCGCUUCAUUCCUGGUCGGUCCCAAGGACGAAGUGGAAGCUCCGCCGGAACUUGUGGACUCUGAACACCCACGUCUCUUUGUCCCUUUCAAAUAUGAAGAUUAUAGAAAGCUCAGACUUACCACAAAAUUGGAGGCUGGUGAAGCCCUUGAACUUAAACGCAUCCUGUCCUAAAAAAUAAAGGAGCAAGCAAUCUGCAGGCUGUAGGACUGCUGAACUUGCAUAGAACACAAAAUAAAUUGGGAUGCCUAUAUCUCUAGUUUUACCUUUUAGUAUGGCAAAGAAGAAUCUCUCAGAUUCAGACAUUACCUAAACAAAUGAAAUAAGAUUAUGAUUUCUAAUAAACUAACAAGAUUAUGCUUCA